GCGCGUGAGGGCGGUGUACCGUCUGACUCCCUCUAAGCCCCAUAAUGAAACUUAGAGCAUUUCCAAUUCUUAUACUAAUAACAUUUUUCUAAGGACUUAAAACAAUCAGUGAAUCCCAUUUAAAUUCAAGUACUGUGCAUAAACUGUCAAGAUGAGGCUACAUGUGUUAAAAUACUAGUGGCGGGAAACCGUUUUGAUAUCUCGCUUGACGUGUUGUGUCUAUGUGUAUGUAGAGCGAGAGGACCCGUCUGCCCUAGAGGGCGGCCGACAUGCUGGUUUCGUCGUGAAUCGAUAUUUUUGGAACGUUGUAGAGCAGAAACCAUGAGGUCCGAGGCUCAAUAAAGGAGAACUAUGGAAAAUGAGAGAAGAGUUGAACAAUGACAGUAUGUCCCAGCCGCGAGCGAUGACCCUGCAGGGCGCCAGGGAUCGCGCAGCACCGGCGGCGGCGCCCCAACGCACAUCCCACAUUUCUUUUUUUUUAGAAAAAAUCACGCUUAUUAGGCUAUAUCUACAAUUAAUACAGGCGAUAGCAUACUUACACCGGAAGGCCAGUGUGUCAUUUCAGCAACUACGUGUGAACUUUAAUUUAUCAAAGCGUCCUCUUGUUAAAUUAAAAGAAACCGUGAAUGUAUUUAGCCUUAGAACUAGAACUGUAUAUUGUGUAGUUAAAUCGUUUUUAGUGACAACGUUAGUGCAAUUAUUCAUUGUUGCCAAGUGCGGGGUGUGUGUCGCGCGGUCGCGGUGUCGGCGACGGUGCGAGGUGGCCCGUUUGCUGUUUCUGCUAUGGUUGAGCGCUUGUGGGGGCUAUAGUGAAGGAAGACGCGACAACGACCUGCAUAUCGGCGGCAUUUUCCCUAUGGAGGGUGAAGGUGGCUGGCAGGGUGGCCAAGCGUGUAUGCCAGCCGCAGAACUCGCGCUCGCCGACGUGAAUGCCAGAUCGGACCUAUUAUCCGGAUUUAAGCUACGUCUGCACAGCAACGACAGCAAGUGCGAACCAGGGUUGGGAGCCAGCGUCAUGUACAAUUUACUGUAUAACCCACCGCAAAAAUUGUUGCUGCUAGCAGGAUGUUCGACAGUUUGUACUACAGUCGCGGAAGCUGCUAAGAUGUGGAACCUAAUGGUCUUGUGCUAUGGAGCAUCGUCGCCAGCGCUGUCGGAUCGGUCUCGUUUCCCGACGUUAUUCCGAACGCACCCGUCAGCAACAGUCCACAACCCGACGAGGAUCAAGCUGAUGCAGAAGUUCGCCUGGUCACGAAUCGCUAUAUUGCAACAGGCUGAGGAAGUUUUUAUUUCGACUGUCGAAGAUUUGGAGGCUCACUGCAAGAAGGCCGGGAUCGAAAUCGUAACCCGCCAAUCGUUUCUAUCAGACCCAGCAGACGCCGUGAGGAAUCUUCGUCGUCAAGAUGCGAGAGUGAUCGUCGGCCUGUUCUACGUAGUAGCAGCCAGGAGAGUACUCUGUGAAGUAUACAAGCAUAGACUAUACGGAAAAUCCUACGUGUGGUUCUUUAUAGGUUGGUAUGAGGAUAAUUGGUUCGAGACGAAUCUAGAACGGGAAGGCAUCGAAUGCACGGUGGAACAGAUGAGAGAAGCGGCCGAAGGUCACCUCACAACCGAAGCUCUAAUGUGGAAUCAAAAUGCCAACCAAACUACGAUAUCCGGAAUGACAUCUGAAGAUUUUAGGUCAAGAUUAAAUGAGGCACUCCGCGAAGCUGGCUACGACAUCGAUGGAGAACGGUAUCCGGAAGGCUACCAAGAGGCACCCUUGGCUUAUGAUGCAGUCUGGUCUGUUGCUCUGGCUUUCAAUAAAACAAUGGAGAAACUGCAGAAGAGCGGUUUGAGUUUGAAGAAUUUCACGUACACAAACAAGAAAAUAGCUGAUGACAUUUACGAAGCCAUAAAUUCGACGUCGUUCCUUGGUGUUUCGGGAUUGGUAGCAUUUUCGUCUCAAGGUGAUCGCAUAGCUCUGACACAAAUCGAACAAUUAACAGACAAUCAUUACGUGAAACUUGGAUAUUAUGAUACACAAGCAGACAACCUUACUUGGCUAGAUCGGGAACGGUGGGUCGGUGGAAAAGUCCCUCCCGAUCGAACUGUGGUCGUCAAUGAGCUGCGAACGGUUUCUCUGCCGCUUUUCGCGUGUAUGACGGCCCUCUGCAUCGCUGGAAUAUUGGCAGCCAUAGCUCUUAUCGUAUUUAAUAUAAUGCAUAGACACAGAAGAGUAAUACAAUGGUCCCACCCGGCUUGCAACACCGUAAUGCUUUGUGGAUGCUGCGUGUGUCUCUGUGCGGCAGUAGCUUUGGGCGUCGAUGGGCGAUGGGUACUACCUCAACACUUCAAUGGAUUGUGCGCUGCCCGAGCUUGGCUCUUGGCUACAGGAUUCUCGAUGGCAUAUGGAGCAAUGUUUACGAAAGUCUGGAGGGUACAUCGACAUACGACUAAACCAAAAAUUGAUAAUAAGAAACGCAUUCAUGGUUGGAAACUGUAUACAAUGGUCGGGGGACUGCUCGUUGUAGACGUUGCACUCCUGACAGCUUGGCAGCUCCGGGACCCGCUGCAGCGACGCGUCGAGACAUUCCCCCUGGAAGCCCCGCGACAUCACGACGACGACGUGCACAUACGACCCGAAUUGGAACACUGUGAGAGCAAACAUAACACCGUGUGGCUUGGCGUAAUGUACGGGUACAAAGGCCUGGUGCUAGUUUUCGGACUGUUCCUGGCCUACGAGACACGCUCGGUGAAGGUUCGACAGAUUAAUGACUCUCGCUACGUCGGCAUGAGCAUAUACAACGUGGUCGUGUUGUGCCUUAUCACUGCGCCGGUUACGUUGGUCAUUGCGAGUCAACAAGACGCAGCGUUCGCCUUCGUUUCCCUAGCGAUUGUCUUCUGUUGCUUCCUGAGUAUGGCCCUAAUAUUCGUACCUAAGGUAAUAGAAGUGAUUCGUCAUCCAACCGAGCGCGUGGAAAGCGGUCGAGGGUCUGGUUCCGGCUCCGCGCCGGCCGACGAGGAACGCUACCGGGAACUAGUCAAAGAAAAUGAAGAAUUACAAAAAUUAAUUACACAGAAGGAGGAACGUAUUCGGGUGCUGAAACAGAAGCUAGCGGAGCGGGAGGCUGCGGCGGCGGACGGCGUGACGCAAGAUGUGCAGGACGAACGCAUCUGAUCAUCGCGAAACUAUCUUCGAUAAACAUUUACUUAGAGAGUGAUAGUUUAAUGUUAAUUUAAUGUUGAAUCUAUUUAGUACUUUACGACGCCGUAGUUGUUCACCUUAUGAUAAUUUUAAGAGAUAAAGUGUUCUUAUAUGUUUAGAUGACAUGAAUCUACGUGGGCGUUUCGAAGUGUUACGGUCCGUUGUUUAUAAGAAUAUUGUUGCUACGAUGAAAUGUAGCCCAAAUCGUUUUGUAUGAACUUCGAGAGCUAUUGUGGUGUAGAAAUUAAAAAUCUAUGAAUUGUUGCUCAUUUUUUAGUAUUAAUUCUCUGUUACGUUGCUAAUUUCAAAUUACUUCAGUGCAUGUUGUUUUACGCUUUCAAGUUACAACAAGUUUGCUAUUUAUUGAAACGUUGUAGAUAUCUCAAUGUUGUUAUAUAGUAUAGAGCUAUGAUAAGUGUUAUACCAUUAACAAUACGAAAUCGUAUGUUCACAUAUCAAAAGAAACCGCGACGGACAAAAAAUUUAAUAAAUUCAACAGCUUGGCCUUUUAGUACAUUUUGUAUAUUACAUGACACACGGUCAGUGAUAUUGGAUGCCAAAUUCAAAUGAGAUAUUUUAUAGUUAAUUACAAACCUAUGUGUUAUUCCUAAUAGAGUUAGCAAAAUAAUAACAAAGGUUGCUACUAUAAUAAAUAAAAACUCAUGUUGUGUACUAUAAUUGUAUUUUAUUCGAAUUACGAACUUAUAGUUCAAACUUCAUAGUGUACAUAUUUUGAACGAAUUCAACAUUUACCAUACGGUAAUGUAUUACCAUAACAAAUUCCGAUAUGCGAGUUAACGGUCUCCGCUCUCAGAUACAUUUCGGUGUCAAAAAUAAAAUUUUUGGCAAAUAAAAUAGAACAAACGCGGUCCCAUAUUUUUGCCAAUAUUUACGUUGCCAUUUCAAUGAACCUAUGUACGUCCAUGGUCGUUUUAAUCAAAACUACACGAAGUAACGAACUGAUAGUUUGUCAAUGAAAGGAGUUUUAGUUCAUUAACGGCCGUCUGGUGUAGUGGUAAGUGACAUGGUCACUACACACGAGGGUCGCGGGUUCGAAUCCCGCCAAGGGAAGAUAUUUG